UGUCAGCUAAAUUUUUGAUUUUUGGGAACAAUUUCAAAUUCUUUUAGUUGUUUUAAUUAACCAAAUGAAUGCAAAAUGUUGGGAUCCCUACAGGCCGAACGGUUAAAUAGACAAAAUACCUGUACAUCUUACUAUGAUUUCCUCACUCGUGACCGCCAGUGCUUGGAGUCUUGGGAUUGUGAUGGCAAAAAAUUCAUUGAUACACCACCCAAAGAGAAACCCAUUCCGCCGCCAACUCUAAGCAAUUUGAUCAAAUAUUAUGAUAUCGAUGACAAGGCUAUCGAAUGGUAUUUGGGUACGAAAAAGGAACCCUCACUUAAACCAUGUAAACCAAAGAAAUUUUGUUAUAAAUUUCGUGUACCCAUCCGACAUAUGGCCAACAGGAUGAUGAGAAGACCAGAGAUGCCAUUUUAUCAGAGUCGACGCAUAUCCCCAGAGUUUUUUUGUCUCUUGCAAAAAUAUCAGGAGAAGAUGGCCAAAAAAAGUCUCAUUUAUCAAUUGCCACGUAAAAUGCUUACGGGAAAGCCAAGUUUCGCCUAUUAUAAAUAUGAUCCGGCAGCCAAAAGUCGUCACAUGCGUCCGGGUAUAGAUACAGCUGCUCCGGUUGAGUUUCCCUGCAAAAAUGUGUCGUGUCCACGUCGUACUCUAACUCCCGAAGAGAUUGAGAAACUCAACGGUGAUCAAUUUCUUUGUUGCGCUCGUAAAGCAAAGCGCAAAUCCACAGAACCAUUUAAAAUAGAACCGCACUACGAUCCAUAUUGUCAGCACUCAAAGGAUAUGAGCAGCAAGGAUGCCGUACCUGAUUCCAAGAAGAAAUGUGAAAAUUGUGCUGAGCUUUAUUUAGAGAAAAACGCUCUACUUGACGAUUUGGAAAAAGAAAAGGCAGCUGAUAAGAGAUACAGACUUCAUGAAAUUUAUGAUCCCAAUUGUGAAUUUAAUAAUGAUACGGUCAAGAGGGAGGGUAUAUCGGAGGAUAAGAUCCCAAGAAGGUUACACUUGCUAUAUGAUGCAAAUCCCGAAAGAAAACAGAUAAGCCUCAAGGACUCACGUGAAAAACUUCAUCAGAUAUUUGUUGCCAGUCGUAAUGAUGUGCCCGCAAAGAAACCUCCGAGAAAAGUGUCACCUGCUCCAGAUAUGACAGACUAUUGUCCCAUAAUCAAGCCCAAAGUCAAGCUGGGACCCUGUGAGAAGCUAAUAUGUCCCAAGCGUCCAAAGUGCACAAGAGAUCCGCGUUCUAUAGAGUACGAGAAUCGUCCUCUUAGUAAGGUCUUAAAGGAAAGUGAUCGGAAUAGAAAAGCAUGUUCCUCUCGUCAACGUUGUCGGAGAAAUGGAAGUCGCAGCACUAGCGCGGCGACCAUUACUGAGGAUGAUGAUGCCUGGGCUAUGCGUAAUUGGACCAAAUCCCUGGAAAAAGAUCACCAGCAAGAGCAAGCCGAGAAUGAGUGUUAUGGCUACAGAGUUCGACCAGCUUCAAAUGGUUUCUACAAUGAAGUGGCUGAUUGUCCCAAACGUGUUUUGGUUCAACGCUCCAAACGACCCGAUCUGUAUGAACAGAAUGAUGUGGAAAUGCCCCCGAAACGUAAACCCGAUAGAUGUGGCUACGGUUACAAAGGAUUUAUACAUCAUUCUGAGAAACGGAAAUUGAAUGGACGUUGUCACAAGGUGACCAGAGAUCAAUGCAAGCGAAAGAAACCACCGCCUUAUUGUUAUUUUUGGUCUGCUGUGGAUCCUGAUAUACGUCAUGAGGAGAGAACUCGUCUGGCCGAGAUUGAUUGUCGUAAUCGUCACCUAUGCAAGACCAGGCGUCCUCAUACAUAUUAUUGGUCAAAAGUCACAAAUAACACACGAAACGAGGCUAAGAGACGUUUGGCAGAGAAACAUGCUCCCAUUAUAGAGAGACAGAAAAGUCGAGCUCCGCGUCUCUUUUGGUCAAAAGAAAAUCGUUCACUUCAACCAGAAACAAGUGGGAAGAGGAAAAAGCGUCAUGGAAGUAUCACGAGUCAGAGUAGCCGAAGAUCUAGCCAACUUUCAUCAAAUGAUUCACAAGAAAAUCUGCCAUUAACUCAAUCAAAGCCAACCUUUAAGGGUAAUCAUGCCAAACAGCAUAGUUCCUAUUACUAUUGGUCCACAAAUAAACAAAGGGAUUUGCAUUCCAAGCCACAGAAGACCCAGUCAACUAAACUGAAGGAUGAUGGUAGUUCUUCAGAAUGCGCCUGUUCCGAGGAUGAAGCGGUUCUACAUAGCUCUUACCUUUCCACAGCUCGAAACGAAUGUCAUUCUUCAGAGCCCCAAAUGAAGCGCAAAGGGAUCACUUCCGAUAGAGAAAACGAUAAGGAAGUUCAGCACAUGUGGUCGGGACUCAUACAACCGAAGGAAAGGCAACCAAUGGUUAGUUCCAGUAAUCCAAGGGUUCUAAAGAAACCUCGCAUCUUACCCAAUCUGCAGGCUGUGGUCAAGAAUUUCUUUUGGUCAAGCAAAAAGUCAAAAAAUCAUACUCAGGAGGAUGAUCUUUUCGUUAGUGAUCAGCCAACAAGGUCUCAAACUUGUCACAAGACCGAAAAUGGACCUUGUGUUCGGCGACUGGAGAGCCGUCCCAGUGACCAGGACAGAUUGGGUCAAUUGACAGAAGAAGAUGAAGCAAAUUUAACGCAACAGGAGACCAGAAAUUUGGGAAUGGAAAGGAUUCAAAAGAAAGAUUCUAAAGCACAACAAAGGACAUACAAAAGAGAAUCCUCCAGCAGUAAAUAUGUCAAGCUGAGUGGUCCCCGGGAUCCUAGUGUUUGGUCAAAACAGAAAGAGAAAAGACAAAAAACUGAAACCUCAUUUGUGCAAAGAAGGGAAAGAGCACCCAAGACGGAGGCGUUACUAAUUAGAAAUCGCAGAAAUCGCUCAAUCACACCCACUUCUAGGGAUACGGAAACGGAAUGUUGUAAAAAGUCAUGUCCGAGAAUUAAGAAAAGGAAAAGUGGAUGCACUACCAAUACUCCCCCUGCGAUUGAGGAGGAUGAACAAAUUCAUCGUGAGCCCUACUCCUAUCGCAAGAGACGCAUUCAAUAUAGAAACUACAAGGGACCCGAACCCAAACUAAACACACGCUAUGGAUAUCAGCGUAAUGUUUCACGCUCAAAGUCUCCGUGCUUGGUACGCACUUCCUGUCCAGUUCCAAGAAAGCGAAAAUCAUCCCCUCCAGGACGUAGGAAACGAUGUUCCCUAGCCAGACGUUGUAGCAACACUUCUGUGGCCAGUGAUGGUUAUCGUUCACCCACUUAUUCAGCCAAAGACUAUCCUUGUCUGGCUGCCGAACAAAAAGAAUCUCGUGCCCAGCGAGAAUGGGAAGAACGUAGGCAAAAGAAACGCGCUAAACGAGAGGACUCCAGGAAGAAGAGUAAUUAUAGUGAUUCCCAUGGGAGCAACGAUUGGUUUCUCACCUCUCGAGCAGCUGAAACACGUACAAAAAAAUGUCGCCGUAGUCUAGUAUUUACACAGCAUUCCGAGCAUUUUCCCUCAGAGCCAAAUGAUUGGCAUAUGGUUGAACCGACAAAGGAAAGCUUGCACCAAAUUCGUCGAAAACCUAAAGAUUUCCAUUUGGUUGAACCAUCCAAUGUGGACAUUGAUGAGUAUAUGGACAGCCAGCGCAAGUGUGGUAGAAAACCAGGAAUGAUCUAUGUUCAGAGAGCAGAGGAAACUAUCAGCGAUGGCGAUGAGGAUGAGGAAUCGAUUGAUGGUUGCACUUGUGCCGAUCAUCCAAAGGUUCCUCAAAUCUAUGACUAUCCCACUGUUAGCUGUCCCAAUGCCCAGGUGAAACAACAAGAGAGCGAACAAAAAAGGAAGCCAACAAAUCGAAAACAGGAUCAUAAUCAUUAUGAUUACAGAAGCUCGGAUUGUGGUCAGUGCAAACGUUGUACAAGUAAACCAAGUCGCAUUCGCGGUGGCUAUCAACAAGAUCAAAGGGAUCAGCCUCAUAGCUUUGCCACUAGUGUGACAUCUUAUCCCAAGAGCAAUACUAGCAAGCGGGCACAUUACCAUAAACAGGUUAAUGUCACACAAAAUACAAAUUGGGCCCAUGGCUUUUGUUUUUGAUACACAUUUUAAAGAAAUCGGAAGGAAGAAGAUUCGCGAGGAAAAGUGGUGCAAAUUGAAUGAAGUAUAAGGACAAAAACGUCCUUCAUUUUGUCAUUCAAUUUGUAAGGCUUUUCCAUGAUCUUAGAUCUUCAUCUUACAAACCUGUUAUUGAUUGUUUUAAUCUUUGCGGUAAAUUUUAAGUCGAAAUUUUUGCAAAAUUUA